AUGCCUAGGAAAAAGCAGAAGAAGCAGGCGGCACAAACAGCGGACGACAGAGUAUCCCAACUGCCAAUACAUAUACUUCACCACAUACUCUGUUCUCUCUCUCAGAGAGAAGCUGUCAGGACUUGUCUACUCUCCAAACAAUGGCGCUACAUAGGAUCAACCCGCCCCAACCUCGAGUUUUCCUUCGGCAACACACAAGAAAAAUUUGUCUCCGUCGUCGACCAAACCCUACAAGGAUACUGUGAUCAAAACCUCUCCAUACACAAACUCCAUCUGGACUUAUCGAGCCCCGACUCACGACCGGUCAUCUCCCUUCUCGACAAAUGGAUUCCGAUGAAACCCGCCCUCAACAUAAAAGUGUUCAAACUCGACCUUCUUUCAUAUACUCAGGACCUCCCCCCAGCCGUCUUCUUAGCCGAGGCCCUCGAAGAACUACACCUUUGCAAAUGCAGGGUGAGCCCGGUGGUCGAGAGCGUGCGGCUUAAAAGUUUGCGCACGCUCAGCCUCGAACAGGUCCAAGUUGAUGGCGGCACUUUAGAGACGGUUAUGUUGGGCUGCCCUUUGCUCACGCGCCUGCUCCUUAAUUAUUGUUGGGAGUUGAGAAACGUUAGGCUGAGAUCGUCAGGGCUCAAGCACUUAGAAUUGUGUGAUUCCAACAGAAUCAAAGGGUGUAGCAUCGAAAUUGAUGUCCCGAAUCUCGAGACAGUCUUUAUCAAUGGCCCAUGGAUUUGGCGCCAAAGCACAUUCGCGUUCUCUGGUCUCACGAGUUUGUAUCUCUGUGAUGUGAUCCUGUCGAGCGAGUCGUUUGACCUUUUAUCGUCCGGCUGCUCGACUCUUGCAAGAUUGGCCCUAGAUAAUUGCUCUGGUUUCGAGGAAUUUCAUCUUGCUAGUGAUUCGGUGAAGUUUUUGCGCAUCUGGACCACAGAAGUAUUGCUAAAAGGAGUUAGAAUUUGUGCCCCGAACAUUGUCAGUUUCCAAUUCAUUGCCCGUAUUUCCCAGGCGCCGGACACAUUCUCUUUCACGACCACUAAUUCCAAGGAGUGGUCCUCAAAAGUAUUCUUCUCUUCACAUGAGGAUGAUCCCGAUUUAGACCUCAAUUCAUGGUUACUUAAGCUGAGACGAGUGUUAAAGGCAGUAAGUGGGUCUCGGAUUUCUCUGUUUUUGCAGAUGGAAGUCGGCCUUCAGGGCGUGCCCUGUAAUGCUGCUAUCGCUGAUGAGCCGCCUGUGGUGGUGCAGACAUUGAAAUUUGGUACUUGUAAAUGUCGUACGGCUGAUUGGUACAUGGUGUUUAUGAAUGGCUUGUUUCGCGUUUGUCGACCGAGUUACUUAUGGGGUUGUAGGCUCAUGAACAAGUCGGACGGGAACUACGGGCUCUCGGAGUUUCAGUUAAACAUCUUGCUUGCAAAGCGGAAAGUCAGGACCACUACCGAUCAAAAAAGAAAGAAAGUCAGGACCAAGCCCUACUUUUGGAGGCACGAUUUGGAGCAAGUGUCUGUGGGAACUCUCGACGGGCAACAAUGGCAGCUCAUAAGGUGGAAGAAGCUGGGGGUCUUGCAAAAACGAACACAAGACAAGAAGACUUGCUUUAUAUUGAAAUGGAGAAGUUAG